AUGUAUUACCCAUCUCUGUCUCAUUUUUGUAGAACAGAAGGCUUUGGAUCAUCCAAAAAUUUAGAAGGUGGAAGUGGAAAUGUAUAUUCUCUGGAUCAUUCCUUCCACCAACAACUCCACAACUACGUCAAACAGCAGGCCAAACUCUGUGAAGAUGUUACACCUAUCAAACAAGGAUCAUUUCAUAUGGUAUUUCCCGAACCUCAGGAUGUGGAUACACGGAUUUCCAAGAUUAUGAAGUCGGAGUUUGAUAGCUUAACCUUGAAUGGUGAUAAGGAACGAUUGAACAAAUCGACUGAGACACAUGUAUAA